ACCAAGCCUAAGCCGAGGGAAAAGCCGGUCCGCCAAGGCGGUGUGGGGGGAGCAGUGGGCCCAACCUGACACAGCAGCAGCUGGGGGAGGGGAGGAGUGGGGCUGCUUCCCACCUUGGGCUCAGUCCCACUACAUCCCCACCAGCCCGCUCUGCCCUGCAUUGGUCCCAAGCCCGCUCCACCUGUCGCCCCUGCUGCUGCCGGGACGGCAUGAGCCCACUGCUUCUCCUGCCGCCCGGUCCUCCCCCACAUUGGGCCUGGGCCCACUCCUCCCUUUCCCCCACUUCCACUGCCACAUGGGGCAGCAGGCCUGGUCCAUCACAGGCCAAUGUGGCAGGGGGAGGGGAGGAGUGGGCCUCCUCCCCCACAUUGGACCCCAUCCCACUCUUCCCUCAUCCCCCGCUCUCCCCUCUCUCGGCUCCUCCCCCGCUCCUUCCAUCUCCCCACCACUGCUGGUUUUGGCCUGGGCCCGCUGCUUCCCCCUCCCCCCCAGUGGCCCAGCUUCCCCUUCCUCAGGCCUGGUUCUCAUUGCACCUGGGCCGGGCCCGCUCCUCUCCUCUCCUCCCCCCACCGCUGCGGUGGGGAGGUGGGGAAAAGGCCGGGACCCCAAGCAGCAGGAGAGAAGCGGGGAGAGGGCCUGGAUGGGGGGCACGGGGUUCCAUCCCCAUCAGCUCCCCCCCCCUUAAUUCUUGACAGGCAAUUGGCUAGUUUAAAAUGAUAAAAAUAAACCUCAUGGAAGAAAUUUAGGAGCUAAAAAUAAAAGAUGUUGGAGGCGUUUUAAAUAACCACAAAGACCCCACUAAAACAAUAAAACAGCUGAUAACCUGGAUACACAGAUGUGAUUUUACUGAGCCUAAUGGCCAUUUUUGUCAUAUGGGCACAGGAAAAGUGUAACGUUGUAACAGGAAAGGUGUAAUGUGGACAAGCGCCCCAGGGCACUACUGACUACAACUGUGUUCAAAGUGAAAUGAUUCAACUUCUCCUUCCUUUAUUUUUUCCAAAGAAGAAUCCCAACUCUCUCAAAUCCCUUUACUGAAGUUUUAUUAUUCUGUUUCUGAGUGUAGCCUCACCAUUACUUUAAGGACCCAUUAUAGCACAAAUUGGAAAAGAAAUGGACUUUUUAAAGUCUUCAGGCUAAAAAUUCUGUCUUAUAAUUGAUGCUGCAGGAGAGAAAAAUGCAUUUUGUUUAACAUCGUCUCAAGUCCUUCUGUAAAAAAUAAAUGUACUUUAGUGUUAAAAGAUGAAGAACAUACCAGUGUCACCCAAGUGGCAGGGGGUGCAUCUAUAUGUGCGCCCCACUGCGCAGUUGGGGUGCUGUACAGUCCCAGUGGUGCACAGGUCAUUUCUGACCCUACUGCACAAUAGAAAUGAGUUACUGUGCAGUAGCAUCAUGGUUAGUGUCUGCUUAUGCUAUGUUGCCAUAGCUCAUUGCUACGGUGACAUAGUGUCUCAUGUAGAUGCGCCCAGUGAGUGGCUGCUGAAAGGGAGAGUGAACAGAGUAUGACCAUGGUUUUUUCCACUGUUCCUCUCUCACUUACAGCCUCCAGCAUUUAAGAUCUAGGUAGUUCUAAUUCAGAGGCUGUUCCCCAAAGUCCCGUGUCUGCCACUUGGUUCUGUCACUUGGUCACUGUGGCGGUCGAGUGGCAGGCCGGGCUGUGGCCAGUAGCCCGAAACGGCAGGCGGGUACUUUUGACCGAUGGAGCGGAAUUAGGCACUGAAGCGUAUUGGUUGAACAAAGAGAUUAUUUACUUACGCCGUCGAUGUAUACAGCGCAGGAAGAAGAACUGACUUAGAUUACAGUUGCAAACGUGAGCUCUUCGAAUAAGAUGAGAUGACGUGAACGGCUUAUUGGGCAUACAGAGCGUGGGAUACGUCAGGUAGGUCAUUGACAGGGAGUCACUGGUGGGUGAUCAGUCCACCAGGUGGAGUUCUCCAACUUGGGCGGAAACUGCUUUAACUUUUAUAUGGCUAGUAAGCCAAUCACUAGUCGCCAAAUAUGAAUAAUUUGGAACCGGCCAAUGGUGGUGUGCGUGUUUGCAUAAAGUUGGCAGGAACUUUUUUCUAAACUGUAAUUUUCCAUUACAGUGGCAUAUAGUUAUUGGGUUCUGACAUAGCGGAAUUUUCCCACCGUGACCUAGUUACUGCCACUAGUGGAAUUUUCCACUGUGCCAUAGUAUUCAGAAUGAUUGACAGCGGGAGAUUCCACUGUGGCGGGAGAUUCCACUGUGCCAUAGGCAUCCAGCUACUAAUGGGUUCUGACAGUCACCUCCAACACACUGUGAUUACAAUGUGUGGGAGCAGACUUGAGUCUGCUGGAGCACGGUAAUUACCACACUCCAGUAGACUCCAGUGUCAUGUGUAUCAGUGUCCCUGCACUGAAAAAUGGCAGCAGGGGGCACUUUAAGUAAAGCUUUUUCAACAAGCUGUAGUUAAAGUGUUCCCACUACCAUUUUUCAGUGCAGGGACACUGAUCCAUGUGAUGAUCCAGGAAUUUAAUUAAAGCAGCUCUGAGAGCCACUCUAACUAAAGCACUGCUGCCCACACUCCCAGAGCACGUGUAUAACCACCCUUGGUUUUGUCACACACACUGCACCCACAUGGACUUUGGCAGAACCGUCCCCUCUCUGGCCAGACUAGUCCCCCCACUGUCCAGGAUGGGCUUCUCCUGUACUGUUCUCUCCAGCCUCUGGCACUGGGCACUGUCAGGGAUGGGAUACAGGAUAUGCCAGGCUAUACAGUGAAGGGGCUGCUAUGGGUAGGGGAUGAGCCCAGCUGGGUGGGGAGGGUGAGGCAGACAGUGACCUCCUAGAGAUGCGUUGGUAGGAUAUCAGGCAUUGGGCGAGAGAGGCAGUGACCUCAUAGAGGGCUGACAUCAGCCUGUAGGGCCAGUUCCAGAACCCCAGGCCAGAGGCUCAGCCCUGAACAGACCUUCAUGGUGGCAGGUCUCUCUGGCUGAAGCUCAUACAGGUGAGGGAGGAUCUGAUUCCUAUUUCUGGUCCCAGGGCCACCUCUCUAUUAUCUGUCCAUCCCUCCUGCCCCACAGGUGUCACCUCGGGUUUGUGCCAAGUGGUGAACUUGGCCCCCCUCUGAAUGGUCCCCAACCCUUCCUCAUGGUUAAUGAGUUCAGGGUUGUGGCCCUUUUCAGUCACAGCCUGUAAUUCAGGCCCAAGCCACAAUGCCCGAGCAUUCAACAACAUGGUAGUAAGUUUGGUAGAAAAGCCAGUUGUGAGAUCUGCCAAAUCUCAGCCAGUUCAGGCCCUCUACAAUGUUUGGACUAAGGACAAAAUACCCAGUUGUGCCCUUUGGGGGGGGGAGUUUUGAUCCCCUGCAGCUCUGUCUGUCUGUCCAGCUGUCUGUCACUCUGACUCGGGUGCUCCAAGUCUCAGCCACUGGAGGUCAAGCCCAGAUUGCUGCAGACCCAACAAGAGCUCCCACCACUCCUCUGACUUCCACAGGGGCCUUUCCUCCCUCUUCUAUUUCUCCCUACCCAUUUCCUCCUGCCAUUUCCCUGUUCCUACACCUGUUUCUGCAGAGCAGCUGAGCUGUGCCUGACAGGAUCUGGGGGAGGCAGCAAAGGACUGGGAUUCUCCUUGAGUUCCUUCCAGGGAGGGCUCCAGUGGGUGGCAGAGACUCCCGGUCAGGAAGGAGAAGGGUGGGGCAGGAGGAGGAGGGGUUUGAGGAAGUCAAGAAUGGGACUUAGGGCUCUGUGUCUCUGUGCAUGACAAAGGCUGUGAAAGUGAGAAAAAAUGUGGGGGGAAUUUUGGAGGUGUCUUUUAUUGGACCAGGUGUAAAAUUUGGGAGCGAUGUUAGCCAAGGACACAGAAGAAGGGCACCUGGUGCCCAGAAACUUAUCUAACAAAGCAAAAAGACUGGGACUGGAAGACAAACAUGAUAGAAAAAGUAGAAACUGAAGUGGGAAAUUCUUUCCCAGCUAUACAGUUGGUCCAAGAAAAAAUGUCCCUAAAAUCACCUUGAUCCUUGCAUAUUGCCCAGAUCAUCAUGGCUACAACAGUACUCCAACCCUACUGGGAGGAAGGAUAUGGCUUUUAUUCAAAUGAGACAGACAUAUCCAAUCAUGGCGCAAAGCAUUUGAUGCUAGCAGACAAAGGCUAGGUGGUUGCUUAGUGCAAGGUGAUUGUGAUCCAAUCAUGAUAUCACAUCAUAUGAUCAGUGUUUCUAAUAAUCUAAUCCCCCCACUCCAAGUUGAAGAUAAUGAGGAAUACAACUGAUAGGAGGAAAACAUUACAAAAAAAAUACAAAUGGAAGUGGAGACUCGUAGAGGAUAGUUCAUCAUCUGGCCAAAGCGCCAUGACUGCACAUUCAAGAAAGAGAAAGCUUUGGCUCUAAGCCCCUCUGCAUUCAGCAGGAAAGGGAAGGCAGCAAAUAAGGAUCAAGCAGCAGUACAUGGCAAGGAGAAAAGGAGGCAAUAAAUGGCACUUGGUAGAAAUUAGGAGGAUAAAGGGCAGAACAUGGGCAAGAAAAAAGGAAGGGGCAACAUGAGGGAUAACUCCACGACUCCUAGGGCUAAGGGCAAUCAGUAAGGAUGCUGGGAACAAAGGAGUCCUCCUUGGUUUAGAAUAUAGUCAAGUUCAUCUCUUCCUGAAAUCCUGGCUGCAUCUCCUCUGCUGAACCAACACACAAUCCACUAUGCAUGCACAGUGGCACAGGAAGUCAGUGAUGAUGUACUGUAAAGGCUAGGAAUUCCACUUUGGUCCCACUCCCCAGGAAAGCCCACAAGGAAGGAUAUCAUGUUCUAUUUGGAGUAGAGUUUAAUCCUGUACAGUUAGUUGGCGCAUCUACACGUGCACCGGACUGUACAGUUGUUACUGUGCAGUCAUUUAGUAUUUGCUUAAGCAAGUAACCGACGUUCCUGAGCAGUCCCAAUGCUGCACGGGUCAUUUCUGAUGUUACUGUGCAGUAGCAAACAAGCCCGCCAAUGCUUUGUCACCAUAGCAAUGAGCUAUGGCAACAUAGCAUCUCAUGUAGACACACCCAGUAAAGCCUAGGCCACACACCGGAGGCAUCACAACCAAAGUCUGCAUCUUGGGAGGCAGGGACACCAGCAGGGGCUGGGCUAGCUGCAGCAGCUAUACUGGCAGUGGUGGCGACUGUGUCAGAGCCCAUGCACACACAGGGACCAAACACUAAGAACCACAAGCAACAUUCAUCCUGGCCUUGCCCAGUUUGGGGCACUUGUCUUUACAAACUUACUACUACUGUAACAUCUUUGUGUAUGCAACUAUCCAGGUUUUUAAAAUAUCACCUGGGAAAAUAAACUAACUCAUGUGGCACCAAAUGGCAUCCAGUUGGACUGUCGGCACAGUGUGACCUUUAAAUACACUGGACUGGGUUCUGCCAUCUGAGUUGACUCAGGAGCUGACAGCAGUAAUGGGUUUUCCACCAGUCUAGGGAGAAAGGGGAAAAGUGGGGGGGACACUUUAAGGGUAAGGCUCACAGAAAUAUGCUGACAGCAGAGGAGCAGGGAGACACAUGGAUCUUCAGGUCUACCCCAGGAUUUGGACAGGUGUACACUCUAGUGACCCCAGGGCCCUGUGCUGACUCUCUCUCCCCAACAAGCCUGACCUCUGCUUUUGGGUCCCCUCCAACUUGGCCUUGUCCUAUUUCCAUUAUUCCUCAUUCUUGUCCCCUUGCCAAGCAUCCAAGCACUCAAUUGGCUAUCUAACAUAUCACUGCAAGACCCUACUAUAAAAUGCAUGGAGAAGGUGACUUAGAACAUCUCAUAGAAAAGAGAGAUAUGGAGCAUGGUCCCCUUCCUGGCUCAUAAGGGAAAGGUGCAUCCUUCCAUUCUCAUUGUGCGUUUGAAAAGACAGGAUGUGGCCUGUGUUAAUUCAUCAGCAAUACGCUCCACUGAAACAGUUUGGAAACCUCCAAGCUAUAGCUCACAAAUGGUAGUAGAAACUUCUUGGAAUCUGUUAAAGAAUGCUACAAUUGCUUUCGCAAAAAGAAACAGGUAUAGGAGGGGGUGGAGCAGAAAUUAAUUGCAGCAGAAACUAUAUUACAUGUUUUUCAGGAGAUUUAGCCAGGGUUUAGAUGGACUAUGAAAAACUCAAAAGCUUCUUAAAAGAAAAACAUCGGAUGGAUGGAACGAGAAAGUGACAGAGCAAAAAGAAACAUCUGCUUCAUAAAGCAAUAAAGAAAAACAAGACCCAAGAUAUGACUGAUGAAAUUACGAAUAUAAUGACGUGGCAUGUGACUGAGGUAACAGACAUCACAUAUCCAGCAAAAAUACAAUAUGAAGAGAGAAAAAUAGCUGAGGGAAACAUGAGAGAUGAAGAGGCCAAAGCCACAAAGUUUGUCUUCACAGACACAGUGAGAACAGCCAGCAGAUCACCAGGAUGUGCGCAGGGAGGGAGUAGAGGAGAACCAGCCCCACUGUUUCCCCAACAGUCACCUGGCCUUUCUCCACCAAGAAGCAGAUCACUGCCUCUAGGUAGAGAGUUUGGGGAAGAAAAUCUUCCAGAGGCCGAACCAGCAGCGGUACCUCCUCAUCAGGCUAACAAGAUUUCUAGUUUGAGCAGGGAGAGCAUGUGCAUGGGAGAUCUGUUUGAGCAUCCCAUGCAGAAUAUCAAUGCUGAGAAGUUUCCUCAGAGCCAAACUUACUGUAAAUAUGAAUCACCAAGAAAAAAUGGCAAAUUACAAAACCGUCUCAUUAGGGAAGAUAUUUCUUCCAACUUCACACAAGUUUGCUCUAAAACAGGCAUGUUUAGAAAAUCCUUUUCACUGAGCAAUGUCCAGGGAAGGGUGCUGAGGAACAAAUACAAAGGCAAAUGUCAAGGCAGCUCCAAGUCCCUGAACUUGUACAACUCACAUCAGGGGGCAUCAGGAAGCUGCAUACUGCACUGCAGUAAAAAAAACACUUUGCGGAGGAUGCAAUCAUAUAAGAGCUGGAAGAGAUGUUGGGGGAGGGUGGGGGAUGACCUAGACACCAGCCCUGGAGAGGUGUCUAGUUCCAAACGGCAGCCCCCUAGGAACCUGUACCACUGGCACAGCAGCAGCCUGUGCUCAGGGAGCUUGUGCUUAGGCAGUAGCAGCAGCCUGCACCACCACUGCAGGAGCCCCUGCACAAGAAGUUAAGCACUUGCUUCUCCAAGCACCACCGCCUUUCUCGCCUGCAUACCAGUCUCUGGCUUCUUUACUAUUCAUAACAUCCAGGAAGAGCACACACCAACUGCAGAUACCUCCUCAGCCUGAUGAAGGGUAUUUAUACCCAAAAGCUUGCUAAGAAAAAUUUUUCCAACUAUAUGAGUUGGUGUAAUAAAAGAUAUCAGAGUUACCCAAAGACGCUUCUCUGACGAUGUCCUUAAAUCAAUGUGGCUACAACCUAUACCCCUGUAUAUGACCUAUAAUACAUUUGAGACUCAUGAAAGUAGGUCCCAAGUCCUGACAGUCAUAGUAAUGAAAUGCUGAUUAACUUAAUGUAAUGAAUGUUUAAGAGCAAGAUCAAACAGUGAGCAGGAGCACAACUAGAAAUUACCCCAAAAAUGUAAGUAGACAGUGCCUUGCAGGGACAGAUCAAGUCUUUAGUCACUGGGAACCUGAACAAAACAUAAAAGGCUUCUACUGCUACUAUCUGCCACUACAAGAGUCUGCUUAUUUGAUAUUUCCUGUAGCUGGACAUGUACAUUUCCGAUGUACUCACCCCAGCUCCCCUGGUGGUAGGCAAUCCUUGACUUACAAUGUUUCGAGUUGCAACAUUUAUCACUUAAACAUUUGUAAAUUGACACCCUGUUUCAACUUUCUGACGUCAGUUUCGACUUUACAACGCUUGAUCUGACACCACGCCAUUCCAGUGAACAAGUUUGCUGUGCCACCCAUCUCCCUGGAGAACAUCUGUCCAAACUUCCUUGGACACUGCCUUUAAGAAAGCAGACAAGACUCCAGAAAAACCUGCAGCCAAGGCUCCUGAGACGACUCCAGCCAAUGACCCUUCAAAAAGUCCAACCAAGAGCCCUUCAAAAAGUCCAGCAAAGUCACCUCAAAGAAGUCUUUCUAAAUCAAUAUGAUUGCUAUUUACAAUAUAAAUACAUUGAAGUAGCUAUAUUACUCAUCUAUAAUUGAUUGAAUACAAAAUUAUGGGUUAUUUUUGGUGAAAAUAGGGUAUCCAGCCUUGGUUCAGGAACCAAUACCCCAUUUAUAAUAUUGUUUCCUGUGGGAAAAUCAGUUCCAAGUUAUGUUUCAAUGUAAGAUGUGGUUGUGUCCUAAGUCCAAAGACUGCCUGUACUGCAAUCUUUGCUUCAAUAUUGCAGUUUUUCUUCCCGCUGCACACAAGUCCUUACAAUGUCAUGUGCCCAGGGGAGGAGAUGGAGACUCAUUUUUUUCUCAUUUAAUUGAGUUGUGGUUGUCCAGGAGACAGUACUGUUAUGUUACACAGUUUCUCAUAUUAUAAUCUCCAUGUCACUACCACUGCCCAUCCUAUUGCAGCUGCAGAAAGUGCUGAACAAUCUGUAUGGUGUCUCCUGUGUUUCUUCUUGUGUUUUUUUUUUCUUUUUCUGAUGCCUAGUUGUGUCCCUGGCCUACUCUUCACUCAGACAGCUGGUCUUUUGCUUUCUUUUAUUUUGUUUUGUCUUGCUGCUUGCUCAGUUUUUUGAAGGGUUGUCUCAUAAACGCCUUGUCCCUCCUGAGGCUGGUGGGGCACAGUGGCUGCCUUCAGGCAGCAGUGUCAGUGGCAGGGGCAUGGUGGCGGUGAGCAGGAACUGCCCACAGGCAGUCACAGUGACACUGGCGGUGAGGGCAGGCCAAGCGGGGACCGCCCACGGGCGGCCACAGUGGUAUUGGCAGUGGGAGGAAGAGAGAGAGGGUGGUGAGUGGCGACCACCUGCAGACACUGCCAGCAGUGGUGGCAACAGCCAAUUUCAGGGGGAGCAUGGCCAAUUUCAAGGGGUGCACAUGCACCCAUGUGCACCCCCUGUGUGUCACCAAUAGGACAAGCUGCUUUGGUUUCUUCUACCUUUGUGUCACAGAAGCCAGAAGUACACUAUUUUUAUUGUAUAUUAAGCUGGAACCUAAAUGAGGAUGAAACAUACUUUUUAGCCUAAAAUGACUUUUUAUUUUAUUGUAUUGAAUACAAAGUUAGCAAUACAAAUCUUGUACUGUGAAAAGUUGUUGGUUUUGGGGUUUGUUUGGGUUUUUUUGGGGGGGGGGUUGUUUCUUGAAUAAUGACCCAUAACUUGCUUUAUUCAAAUGCUUGCUCUGUUGAAGGUUUACAAAUUCUGCCCCUUUACCAAGCUGUGCCUGAAAGUAGAAACUUUUGACAGAGGUCUGCUUCCUUUCAAGUAUACCUCUUUUUCUGAAGAUUGACUUUGCCCAUUUUUAAAGGUGAGGUACUUUCUGCAGUCCAUAGCAGACCUCCCAUUGAUAUUGAUGAUAUUUGCAUCUAUAAGUCAAAUACAUUGUCUUUAAACUUGUUCAUUUGUUUUCUUAUCUGUUUAGACCUGCCUUCAAGUUCUCAGGAAGAGAAAAAAUUAUUUUGGGGUGCCACCAAUGACUCACUUUCAAUCCAUUCACACUGAAGUAUCUUGUUCCCUCAUUUUUUGUCUAUAUACCAAGAGAUAAUUCACUUUGUUUUUAAAAGACUGAUAUUCAAUUAAAUGCUGAAAUAUGAA